AUGCGGGAAUGGGAUAUUCUAGGCGAUAUCGUCAUAGAGGAACAACAGGGGGAUCGUGAGGUAGAGUCAAUCCGUAAUAGGAUCUCCAAUGGGAAGGAAGAGAAGGGUUUGAACAUUCACUCAGAUCUGAGUGUACAUUAUCUAGACCGGUUGUUUGUACCGGAAUCUUGUAGAGAGAAGUUAGUGUUACCGCCACAACUUUCGGGGAUUCACAAUGUGUUUCAUGUAUCCAUGCCUAGAAAGUAUGAACCCGACCCUUCUCAUAUGCUUGAUUGGGUUGAUUUUGAGGUAUAUGAGGAUGCCUCUUACGAAGAGCAACCGGUUCAAAUUUUAGACACCCGGGAACAAGUGUUGAGAGGAAAGACUAUACCAUUGGUCAAGGUAUUAUGGAGACACCAUGGGGUCGAGGAAGUGACUUGGGAACGAGAGACGGAGGUCCGCUCCAAGUAUCCAGAUUUGUUUGAAAAUGUUUAA